CCAACCAAAUCAAAUUUGACCAAAAAGAAAAAGACAAAUUUGAUUUUCAAUUACAACAAAUUCAUUCAAAUCGAACAACAUAUACCAAGAGAGGACAAUCAAUUUUUGUAUGUGUGUUAGCAAAACAGGAAAAAAAACGGAGAUAAAAUGGUCAACGAAAACAACAGUGGACAUAGAAAUAAUGAUCAUCAUCAUCAUAAUCAUCGUCGUAGUCGUCGUUCUGAUGUUGAUGAUGAAAAACAUUGCGAAUUGUUGUUGAAAAAUUCGAAUAAAAUUCAACCAUCAAAACAAGACAAUCAACAAUUAGAUAAUCAAAUAACAACAACAGCAACAACCAUAACAAAAUCGACAGCCGAUUUGACAACGAUGGAUGCCGAUAGUUCUACUGCCGAACUUGGAUUCAAAUCGAAAAAGAAAAACAAUUCAAUUACGAAAAUGAUGAUGAUAACAAAAAUUGAACCAAUUUCACCAACAGAAGAAUUGUUGACAGAAACAAUGGAUAUUGAUUCAAAUAUAUCGAUAAAUGAUGAUACAAAAUCUGGCCAAACAAAUCUAGUUAGUACGACAACUGGUCUAUUGCCAAAUGAAACAAAAAUAAAUCAAUCAUCAUCAAACUGCCAUCGAUUGAAUCGUUGUAAUCGAUUACAAACCACUACAUCAAAUAUGUCAUCAUCAUCAUCAUCAAAACGAUCUUCGUCCGAAACACGUGAAAGAUGGAGAAGUAAUAAUCUUAAAUCUAGACAACAGAAUGUAAAUGGAGCAUUUGGUGAACUUCGUAAACUGGUACCAACAUAUCCACCUGAUAAAAAAUUAAGUAAAAAUGAAAUCCUACGUUUAGCUAUCAAAUACAUUCGAUUAUUAUCGAAUGUUUUGGAUUAUCAGAAACAACAACAGGAGGAGGAGGAAGAAGAAGAAGAUUCAACGACUAUCGAAAACAAUCAUGAAGAACAUUUCGAUACAUCGAUUAUUGUUAACAAUCAGAAUAGCCUUUCAUCAUUAUCAUCCGCUUCUUCAUCGCCAUCAUCAUGCAACAACAAUCAUCAUCAACAACAUCAACCGAUUCCAUUAGGAUAUCAAAAUGAUAAUACAAUCAAUUUAAAAAAUCAAUUUUAUUUUCCAGAUUUUCGUCAUCAAUUACCAUUAUCAUUGAAAAAAUUAAUUAAAUCUGGAUCAAAUGAUAUAAAAUAUUAA